GAAACGUUUUGGCUGGUAAUAGUCAACCAAAUUUGACCCUGGAGAAAGGUCGGAGGAUAAUUCACGUGGACGCGAUGGAUUCGAGCACACAACACUACAUUCUUCGAGAUUUUGCAGUCACAACUCCACAUGCUUAUACGGUCGUCACUCCUUUCCGUUGCUCUGUUUCGGCCGUGAACUCUGUGAGGAGGUUUCAGCGAAUCGAGUAGUAAAGGCGUGGGCGUGGGAGAGCCGUCCAGGCUUUAAACCAGAGUGGGUAUGUGGGACACCUGCGCAAGCACUGGAGUUUUCCCUGCAGCGUCUGAAAGGAAGCAGGCUCUGAGCCAAGGGGAAGGCAGAGGACAGAUAUGGAUGUGUUCCCAAGCUUCCCUGGUGGUUUAUGGCAUUCUCCAAACUCCUCUGCAAGGGUUGUUCCUGACCAAGAAGACCCAAGGAGACCGUCUCUGAAAUAAGUCCGGAUGAAGAACUAAGAGGGAAAAAAUGAAUAUGGUUUUUGCUCACAGAAUGGAUAACAGCAAGCCGCCUUUGGUUGUUCCUACACUUCUGGUGCCCCUCCAAAACCACAGCUGCACGGAAAUGGCCUCCCCUCUGCUGAGCCGAGACCUGACGGAGCUCUACGAGGAGCACGGCUGGAGGAGCAACGGAACAGACCUGCGCUACAGACCGAACCCCGGGGAGGUGGCCACAGCCAGCAUUUUCUUUGGGGCCCUGUGGCUGUUUUCUAUCUUUGGCAAUUCCCUGGUGUGUUUGGUCAUCCACCGGAGCAGGAGGGCUCAGUCCACCACCAACUACUUUGUGGUGUCCCUGGCGUGCGCCGACCUGCUCAUCAGCGUGGCCGGCAUGCCUUUCGUCCUGCUGCAGUUCACCACCGGCCGGUGGGCCCUGGGCAGCGCCACGUGCAAGGCCGUGCGCUACUUUCAGUAUCUCACCCCGGGCGUCCAGGUCUACGUUCUCCUCUCCAUCUGCAUAGACCGGUUCUACACCAUCAUCUACCCUCUGAGCUUCAAGGUGUCCAGAGAAAAAGCCAAGAAGAUGAUUGCAGCGUCCUGGAUCUUUGAGGCGGCCUUUGUGACCCCCGUGUUCUUUUUCUAUGGCUCCAACUGGGACAGUCAUUGUAACUAUUUCCUCCCCUCCUCUUGGGAAGGAACUGCCUAUACCGUCAUCCAUUUCUUGGUGAGCUUUGUGAUUCCAUCCGUCCUCAUAAUCUUAUUUUACCAGAAGGUCGUAAAAUACAUUUGGAGAAUCGGCACCGAUGGUCGAACAGUGAGGCGGACAAUGAACAUCGUCCCAAGGACAAAAGUGAAAACUAUCAAGAUGUUCCUCAUUUUAAAUCUUCUGUUUUUGCUCUCCUGGCUGCCUUUUCAUGUCGCUCAGCUGUGGCACCCCCAUGAACGAGACUAUAAGAAAAGUUCCCUUGUUUUUACAGCUAUCACAUGGAUAUCCUUUAGUUCCUCAGCCUCUAAACCUACUCUGUAUUCCAUUUAUAAUGCCAAUUUUAGGAGAGGAAUGAAAGAGACUUUCUGCAUGUCCUCGAUGAAGUGUUACCGAAGCAAUGCCUACACUAUCACAACCAGUUCAAGGAUGGCCAAAAAAAACUAUGUCGGCGUCUCAGAAAUCCUCCCCACGGCCAAAGCUGUAGCCAAAGACUCAAGCUAUGGUUCAUUUGACAGGGAAGCCAAGGAAAAAAAGCUUGCUUGGCCCAUUAAUUCAAAUCCGCCGAAUACUUUUGUCUGAUUUCUCAGAAUUCUUUCAAUUACUGUUAUGUA